AUGUCAGCUGACAGUGUGGCCAUCCAGAUUGACGGCAGCCGCCACGCCGGCGGCCGCUUGUACAAGUUCGAGGACUUCUUCGAUGCGCCAAAGUUGAUCCCGAGAAAGCCGGGCGACAUCCCUUGCGCCGUCAAGGCACUCACGAGCAGGCCCAAGGCCUCAGUUGUGGAGUCCGUACGCUCUAUGCACGCGGAGCUUCGCACGGAGGUGCCACCAGCGUGGUCCGACGCAGGCAAGCUGGCAAUCCAUUGCAACAACUUCAGUGCGCGACGCGCCUUGGUAGUGUUACACCUGCGCACUGGAUGGGCAGACGUCUCAGCAAACGCGGCGGAGGUCGCCCCGCAUAAUCUGCAAGACUGCCAGCUCAGAGAGCGCAGCUGGUUUGACGCUGCAGACCAAGUCUUCUCACUCAUGCUCGCGCCCAACUUUGGAAACCUCGCUGUGCGCGACCGUCUGAAGAAUGAGUCGCUCUGCGCGCCCACGCUGCGCAUGGCGUCGCGCCCAUGCGGCUUCGCGCCGACGCUGACGAGGCUCUUGGAGAAUCGAGCGGUAGCGCAUCUGCGCCAAAUGGGCAUCACCGCGGCACACUCGCACGGCCAGGUGGGCCACAACAACGCAUGGGCAACGGCCAGGAUCUUUGACAAGGAUGCCGCCCUUCGCGUGAUCGACACAGCUUUAGUCGACCUUCUCCUCCUCUCGCACGCAGACAUGGUGGUGACCAGUGCUGGCUUCAGCACCUUUCCCAAGGCGGCCGACAUGAUGAGCGGCGCCAGGGCGCUGGCCUCCGCUCUGCGCGUCAACGGGGUGCUGAAAAACCUCGACCUCGGCGAAAACGAGAUCGGCGACGAGGGCGCGAAGGCGAUCGGCGGCGCUCUCGCAGUCAACGGGGUGCUGACCACCCUCAACCUCGCCAACAACCAGAUCCGCGACCAGGGCGCCGCUGCGAUCGCGGAAGCGCUGCGCGGCAACGGGGUAUUGACCGAGUUGCAGCUCGGCGCGAACUAUAUCGGCGGCGAGGGCGCCAAGGCGCUGGCCUCCGCUCUGCGCGUCAAUGGGGUCUUGACCAGCCUAAACCUCCAGAACAACUUCAUCCGCGACGAGGGCGCGACCGCGAUCGCCGAGGCGCUGCAGGGCAACGCGGUAUUGACCUCCUUGGACGUGAGCUACAACAGCUUGACCGAGGAGGCGGCCCUCGGCAUCGUGCGCGUCGAGCGGCAGCGCAACAAACUCACCUCGCUGGGCUUGAGUCGCUGCAGCAUCGGCCCAACUGGCGCCGCAGAGAUCGCCGAGUACGUGUCGGGCAGCGGGGUGCUGAAAAACAUCGACCUCAGCUACAACAGUUUGGGCGAUGAGGGAAGGAAAGCGAUUCACGAUGCGGUGAGCGGGCGGGAAGGGUUCGAGCUCUUGAUGUGA